AGUUCAGAAACCGAGAUCAAAUCGUUUAAGUUUGGAGUUUCGUUUCUCGCACCGAGUAGUGAAUUACUGGAAUUCUCCACCGGAACACGUAAUAUCAACACAUUCUGUUAAUAUAUUCAAAACGAGAUUGAACCUCCACAGUAUUACAAACCGCAAGGAUUAAUAUAGGUCGAUAGACCUCUUAUCCUUAUUACUGAAGAUUGAAGACAAAACUGCCCGCCGUUUCGUUUCUACGCACCUAAACGGCGGUCAUUCUGUACUUCAAUUGCGUGUACACGUUGGCACUGUUGUUAUUUCGUAAGUUGGUCUGUGAUCCUAACUGCUGUAGUAAACGUCAACGAAAUGUCAAGUCACCGUGCUUCGUAUUCAAGUGACAUUUCAGUCGACUUAAGCGAUGCUUUUCAACGUAUUAUACUGAACAAGCGUUUCGCAACCUGGGAUGACUUUGACAGCGCUCUAAAACAGUUCCAAAAAACUACCCAUACUCAUUAUGUCCACACAGAGAGCAGAUUGCUCAGGGAUGUCAGGUUCAAAUACCUUUUUGUGACAUUUCACUGUACAUUCGGUCAUAAGCGUAAAUCACAAUGUCUGACAAUGAAUCAAAAACCGUCUAAGUUUCUUAACUGUCAAUCGAGGUUCCGCGUAAGAUUGGAAGCGGAAGGAUAUGUUAUAAAAUCAUACAACAUGUUGCACAAUCACCCUUGUAGUAGUUCGUGGAUGGUUUUUGACCCAUGGGCCAGAAGGUUAUCGUUCGAAGAAAAAGAAAAUUUGAAGCCGGUCAUAUUGCAGUCUCAAUCAACAGAUGUAGUAAUAGAAAUUAUCAAACAUAGGACUGGUAAGCAGGUCACUGCUGCCGAUGUGAAGAGUAUGAAAGCUAAACUCUCCACAGGUCGUAUGACGAGAAAGCGAACUAAAAAAGAUGUGUUUCGUUUAGGUGGAAUAUGAAAAUGUUGACUGGUUGUUCAUGGUGGACUGUGGAAAGCAUUACGAGGUGGAUAUAAGCGCUUGUGAGUGCAUCUAGAAUAUUUCUUAUGUGCCAAUAUCCUUGUCGCCAUACACUACUGGCUUAUGUUAAAUUACGAACUAUUACAGAUAUGCUUAAUCAAAUACGAAAUAUAAAUUAUUAGACAUUGCAGUAGAUGAAAGUUAGAUAAUACUCAGAACUUACGAAAUGACACAACACUUUCAUUACCGAGACGGAGUGGUGAGUAUAUAAGCAUUCUACGAUGCCAAAGACUUUACAGACAACACAAUUGAGAAAUAUGGUGAACGCUUCGCGAUGGAAGUUGAGGAAAACUUCAACAAUUAAUUUUUAGGAAUUAUCAAUAACAACUUGUAAACUCGUUUUUCUGAUUCAGUAUUAAUGAUUAUUUAAUAAACUUGUGCAUAAUUUUUAUUUCCCUCUUCCUACUUUCAUGGGGAGGUAGUGUUAACGAGUAACUGUCUUUGAGAAUUAAGAACUUGUACUACUGCAUCAGUUCUGAAGUUUCGUUAGAACGUAGCGUUAUGUCAUUGUUAAUUUUGAUGAGACGAUGAGUCGCUUUACACAGUGAGUGAUGCGACUUCUACGUAGAAGCUUACGGAUUAGGUAACCGCAUGGCAUAUUUCCCGUCGUCGGAUUAGGUCUAUUAUCAAAUUAGUAUUAGUACCGGACUAGACAAUAAUCUCAUGCAGUUGGUUCCCUGAUAAGAUGGGUUACGUAAUAAUUGGAAAACAAUCGUGUUAUAUUCCUCUCCCAUUACCGAGUUUUGAACCACCCUUUCACUCACAUUUCUCACUUGGUCCUCUUAAAUUAUGUGAACUCUUCGAAUUCUUUUCAAUUAUCAUAUCAGUUUUUAAUUUCAUGAAUCCUUCAUUACCUCUAAAAUUAUCACACAAUUGAUCUUAUGUGUCUGAACUCCAUUCGACUAUUACACCAGUCGUCCUUGAUGUUUUCUUAAUCCUAACACCAAAUAACCUUUAACCUGCUCUUGCAUAUAUAUAUGUUGUUAUUAAUAACCGAAGUCAUUCCAAUUCUUUACAUUCUCUUAUGUCAAUUGCUUCGUACUAUUUCUUACUUACGCCUGUUGCUCCUCGUGAAGGAACAUAGGCCGCCCACAAGCAUUCGCCAUUCAACCCUGUCCUGGGCAAUCCUUUUCCAGCUCCUUCCACUUGUUAUUCAUCCUUUCCAUAUCUGCUUUUAUUUCCCGACGUAGUGUGUUCUUUGGCCUUCCUCUUUUCCGCCUUCAGGAUUCCAAGUUGGGGCUUGUCUCCUGAUGCAGUUCGACGAUUUGCGUAGUGUAUGUCCUAUCCAUUUCCAUCGUCUUUUCCUAAUUUCCUCUUCAGCUGGAAGCUGGUUUGUUCUCUCCCACAGUAGGCUGUUGCUGAUGGUAUCCGGCCAAUGGAUGUUGAGUAUCUUGUGUAGACAGCUAUUUAUAAAUACGUGCACCUUGA